AAUUAUUAUAAAUGUAUGCACAGAAAGCUUUUGCAAUAUCAAUCAUUCGCAGGUUUAUUACAUAUCAGUGUCACUAAUGCAGAGCCCCAAUUCCGAGCGCCGCCGCGACUCCGGCGGCGAUGGCGGCACAACGCCGUCGGUAAUCAGGGAGGUGAACAAGGGUAUCGAGGAUGACCGCGUGGAGAUCACUCCCGACUCGGCGGUGGUGCAAAGCGUAGGAGGCGAAGGCGGCCAGGAAGAGGAACCGCCGGCCGGAGCAUGGACGGUCGGAGAAGCUCCGGCGAAACUCCGGCUGAUGAUCUCACGGCGUUGGAGUUCUCUAACCGGCCGCAGCCCUCACCCUGGCAGACUCGAAUCCCCGGCGGCGCGUGCACUUAAGGGACUGAAAUUCAUUUCCAAGACCAGCGACGGCGAGGCCUCCUGGACGGCGGUGGAGAAGAAGUUCGACGAGCUUACCGCCGGCAACAAUGGAGUCCUAACUCGCGCACAAUUUGCUAAAUGCAUUGGUAUGGACGAUGAAUUCGCCGGCGCCCUCUUCGAAUCGCUGGCACGGCGGGCGAACAUCGCCGGCGCCGAUUCCAUAACUAAACCUCACUUUAAAGAAUUCUGGGACCUCAUCGUCGAUCAGAGCUUCGAUUCCCGCCUUCAAAUCUUCUUCGACAUGGUGGAUAAAGAUGCCGAUGGGAGAAUCAGUGAAGACGAAGUGAGAGAGAUUAUCAGUCUGAGUGCAUCCGCAAACAGGCUCUCAAAUAUCCAAAUUCGUGCAGAUGAAUACGCCAGGCUUCUCAUGGAAGAAUUAGACCCCAAAGGCCUCGGCAUCAAGGUGGAGAGUCUGCAGAUGAUUCUACUGCAAGGCCGGAGCGAGUCGUCGGCGGCGAGGUUCGACAAGAAGCGCAACCUGAGCAAGCUUUUAAGCGAGAAGCUGAGGGAGACGGAAGGGGGUGUGGUGUGGCGGAGUUGCAGUAAUUUGGGAUACUUUCUGGCCGACAAUUGGCGGCGCGUGUGGGUGAUGGCGGCGUGGAUCGCCGCCAUGGCCGGCCUCUAUGCUUACAAGUACGUGCAAUACAAGAACAAGGCGGCCGAGUUCGCAGUCAUGGGGCACUGCCUCUGCCUUGCCAAGGGCGCCGCCGAGACGCUCAAGCUCAACAUGGCGCUCAUACUCUUGCCGAUUUGCCGGAAUACGCUCACUUGGCUCCGAAACAAGACCCGCCUCGGCGCUGUCGUGCCCUUCGACGACAAUAUUAAUUUCCACCAAGUGAUUGCUAUCGCGGUUGUAAUCGCAACCGGAAUACACACAAUAAUGCAUCUAGCAUGCGACUACCCGCGGCUUCUCCACGCUAGCCAAGAAAAAUUCAAGCCAAUGGAGCGAGCCUUCAAGCACCGGCCGCGAAACUAUUGGGAUCUUCUAAAGGGAUGCGAAAGCUUGACCGGAAUAGCCAUGGUGGUUCUAAUGGCCAUAGCCUUUCUCUUAGCGAGCCCUCAAUUGAGGCGCAACGAACUAAAACUUUCAAAACUAUUGAAAAAAGUUACCGGCUUCAACGCCUUUUGGUAUUCCCACCAUAUCUUCAUCAUCGUCUACAUUCUCCUCAUCGUCCACGGCAACCAACUUUACUUAACUCACCAAUGGUACAACAAAACGACAUGGAUGUAUUUGGCGAUUCCCAUUACACUCUUCAUUGGAGAAAGAUUGAUCAGGACAUUCAGAUCGAGUGUCGAAGCUGUCCAAAUUCUUAAGGACCCGAUAAUCUACCCUGGAGAUGUAAUAGCACUGCACAUGUCGAAGCCUUCAGGAUUCACAUACAAAAGUGGGCAAUACAUUUUUGUUAAAUGCGCUGCUGUCUCUCCAUUUGAAUGGCAUCCAUUUUCGAUUACUACAGCACCCAAGGAUGAUUAUAUCAGUGUUCAUAUUAGAGUAUGUGGUGAUUGGACCAGACGACUCAGAGCUGUUCUCUCCAAGGAUCGAAGAGCUGAAUCCCAACAAGAAGAUACUUUCAGCUUCCCAAAGGUACUAAUCGACGGGCCGUAUGGCGCGCCGACACAAGACUACAAGGACUACAAUGUCGUGCUACUAACCGGGCUCGGCAUUGGCGCGACGCCGAUGAUCAGCGUGGUUAAGGACAUCAUCAACAACAUCAAAGAAAUAGAUCGGGAAGAGGACGAGGAAAGGAAAGCCGUGGAGGAAGGGAGGAUUCGAGGAUCAUCGAAAUGCAAGAAACACGUGGAGUUCAAGACUCGGCGGGCCUACUUCUAUUGGGUGACCAAGGAGCAAGGCUCGCUCGGGUGGUUCAACGACGUGAUGAACGAGGCCGCGGAAAUGGACCACAAGGGUGUGAUCGAAAUGCACAAUUAUUGCACGAGCGUGUACGAGGAAGGCGACGUGCGCUCCGCCCUCAUCGCCAUGAUUCAGUCGAUAAACCUCGCCAAGACAGGGGUGGACGUGGUGUCCGAGACUCGGGUUAAGUCGCACUUCGCGAGGCCUAAGUGGCGAGAUGUGUUCAAGGAGAUUGCACUUAACCAUCCCAAUUCGACCGUUGGAGUGUUCUAUUGCGGACCACCAAAGCCAGCGAAGCAGCUAAGACAACUUGCCCGAGAUUUCUCCCGGAAAACAACAACCGAGUUCGAGUUCCAUAAGGAAAACUUCUAAUUCUUCGGAAAUAUGGCCCGACAGACGAACACUAGGCGAACCAUGUGUGGCAGAUGACCUCAUACUUACAAAUCCAACGCCUACACUAGCAGGCCAUUCCUUACGGGACUAUAUAUAUAUAUAUUUGUGUGUGUGGUGAUGGUUCCGAUAUUCAAAUUUCGGAUGUUUGUGUAGUCAAUCGUGUGAUUAAUAUGUCCAAUAAUCAAUACUUUCAAUAGUUUCUUAUCUUUUUAUUGCUUCAAAAUUUACGUUCAUGUGAACUAAAGACAAGUUUUAAUAUAUACGAGUGAAUUAAUAAAUUAAAAUAAUAUGUUUAAUGAAUUGAUUUUGUAAUAGCAGUGACUGAUGGUAAGAAAAUGUAGUGUUUGAAAGAUAUGAAAUAAGCCAUGUAUAAAAUUAUUUGUUAUAAAUGAAUUUUUUUUUUUUUUUU